AUGGGGAAGCAAAAUACAGAAAAAAAUGUAAGAAAGCAAGUUCUCACACAGAACAAUAGACAUGACGGAACACCCGACAACACAGACGACGUGAAUACCAAUAUAAAAUCAGCAAAAAACACCGAGGACACAAAAUCAGCAAAGGACAUCAUGAACAAAACAGAAUUAGCGAAAGACACAAUGGAGAACACAGAAUCAGCGAAAGACAUCAUAGACAGCCAAGAAUCAGCGCAAGACAUCAUGCACAACACAGAAUCAACAAAAGACACUAUAGACAACAAAGAAUCAGCGAAAUACAUCAUAGGCAACAUAGAAUCAUCGAAAGACACCACAGGCAACACAGAAUCAGCGAAAGAAAUAAUAGGCAACCCAGAAUCAGCGAAAGACACCCUUGGCAACCCAGAAUCAGCACAAGACACCAUAGACAACCCAGAAUCAGCGAAAGAUAUCAUAGGCAACCCAAAAUCAGCGAAAGACACCCUGGGCAACCCAGAAUCAGCACAAGACACCUUGGGCAACCCAGAAUCAGCGGAAGACAUCAUAGACAACCCAGAAUCAGUGCAAGACAUCAUUCACAACACAGAAUCAACAAAAGACACUAUAGGCAGCACAGAAUCAGCGAAAUACAUCAUAGGCAACAUAGAAUCAGCGAAAGAUACCAUAGACAACAUAGAAUCAGCGAAAGACAUCAUGCAUAACACAGAAUCAGCAGUUGAAACAGAGUAG